AUGAGCACACGUUAUAGUUGUACUAAGUGUAUAAAAGUAGUUCCUAACAAGGAGUUGUUGAUUUGUUCAUGUUGCAAGUCAUGCGUUCAUAAUAAAUGUGAAAUUAAUGACGACAUUCUAAAAGUCUUGAAAAAUUCUAAAGGUUCAAAGUGGUUUUUUAACCGUUGUUUUGAUUUGUCAUUGGACAUCGGUUCUUUUGCAAAAUCAAUAGACAACACGAAAAGUGAAAUAAUUACUCAGUUGAAUGAAUUAAAUGAAAUAAAUAAGAAAAUAAAAUUCGAUAUAGACAGUUUAAAAGUGAAUGUGGAUCGUAGUGAAUCACGACUGGAUCAACUUGACCAUUUUGAUACGGUUGUGCUUGACGAACUUAAAACAUGCAAAAAUGAAUCAAAAGAAACGUUUUCAAGCGUCGUUAGCAGAGAAAGUAGCGCAAAUUUCGACGUCAUCAAAAGCGAGGUAAAAUCUCUCCAGAGGGUUUUAGAAGAGGCAAACGAAAUUAAAGAAAGAGAGACGAACCUGUUAAUGUUUCGUUUAUUGGAGAGUGUUGACGACAGUGCUAACGUUCUAAAGAUCUUGAAUCAUUUAGCUGGGGAUGUUUUUGAAAAAAAUGUCAUCAAGGUUGUUAGACUUGGAAGAAAACAAGAAAAUGUAGACAGUCUUGAUAAAGAUAAAGCUAAAGCCAUGGAAAAAGAAGAGAUAAAUCAAAAUUUUUUGUACAGAGUAAGAGGACCAGUAGGAAGAUGGAAGAUUGUAAAAUUAUCUCGAAAGCAGAUGUGA